ACGGAGUCAACAGAAGUUGAGAGCGAUCAAAUGGAGAGGGUUGUCAGGUACGUGGCGGAGCGCGGACUCGAUGUGCCUGGCACGGGUGGUGUGAGGGGAGGAGAGGCGGGGCGGCAGCCCGUGGAGGGAGCGUCAGGAGGGGUCGGGGGAGAUGGUGGAGGUGGAGACACGGAGGAUGGCGCGAUCGACGUCGAUCGCGAGGCGCGUGUCCCGGGCGAGCAGGGAGUCCCGGGACACGAGGACGUGUCUGAGGUUUAUCUAGGCACUGGGGAGAGGAUGGAGGACUUUUUGAGGCGAGCAGCCAAGGGACCUGUAGGGGAGGGUUCUUCCAAGAGGAAGGAAGGUGGAACAGAUCCGGCCGCCGCCCCAGCUGGGAAGAGGCUUCGCCAGCAGAAGGUCACUGACGUCUACGGUGGCGAGUGGGUUGCUCGGCACAAGAAGGCAUUCCUUCGCUGGCUCUAUUCCAGCGGGGUCCCCUUCAAUGCCUUCCGCAACCAGGCUUGGAAGGCAUACCAGCAGGCGGUGGAGACCCACCGUGAGGAGCUGGCGGAGGAGUUGGAGGAGGUGAGGCAGCCAUUCUGGAUCACUGGUGCCACCCUCCUCUCCGACGGGAGGAAAUCACGCGACGGGAGACCGAUCGUGAAUUUCCUUGUCGCCGGCUCGCGAGGGGUCGUCGUGUACACGACGAUCAAUCGUGAGGGCGAGCCGGACGAUGCAGUGCACGUCCUUCGGAGAUGGGUGACCAUCUUCCACGAGUUUAGUUUCGGCGCCCCGCAGCGGGUCAAUGCGAUAUGCACAGACUCCACAUCGGUGUACGUGGGGGCUGCGAGGGCAUUGACCUCGUCGGGCAUCCCUCCUGCACUCAGGAGGAUCACUUGGCUUCCGUGUUCCGUCCAUGUCUGCAACAAAAUGUUGUCAGACAUGGGGUCGAGUUGCGACGCGUUUGUGGACGCGAUUACACGCGCUCGUCGGAGAGGAACAGGGCAGACGGGUUUCGAGUUGGAGGGUGCGGAGUACAUCCUUGCAUGUCGGGUUUCGAGUUGGAGGGUGCGGACGGGUUUCGAGUUGGAGGGUGCGGAGUACAUUCUGGCGGAGUACAUCCUUGCAUGUCGGGUUUCGAGUUUGAGGGUGCGGACGGGUUUCGAGUUGGAGGGUGCGGAGUACAUUCUGGCGCAGACGGGUUUCGAGUUGGAGGGUGCGGAGUACAUCCUUGCAUGUCGACAGUUUGAGGACUUCCACAUUCAGCAGGGCAGGUUUGGGGAUUGGGGCGGGGCGGAGGGGCGUGCUCAUGGGCGCGCGUGCAGUGGCGACGGCGAGACGAUUAAGUGCGCGUCUUGGUGGUCUCAGUUCGGGGCUGGCGCGCCAGAGUUGCGGCGGUGCGCUCUUCGGGUGAUGCACAUGUGGUCUUGCGCCUCCCCAGCGGAGAGGAACAGGGCAGUCGACGAGGGCAUCCACACGAAGAAGCGCAACCAGUUGGCCUUCGAGAAGGUCGUUCAACUCGUUGAGAUCACCGCAAAUGUGCGGUUGACGAAGUAUCGGCGGGCUGGAUGCGGUUAUGUGMUGCCAUGGCAGCGGGACGAGGGCAUGCUGGAUUGCCAAGCAGGACUCGAGGUGGAGCCUGGGCACACGGGCACGCGCAGGGGGAUGACGGAGGAGGAGAUUGUCCGUCAGGUUGCGCUUACUACCUUGGAUCCCAUCGGGGCCUCCGCACCACCCUCUGCUGAUGCCGUUUUCGUUAGACGUGCUUGCAUUUUUCGUCCCUACCCCAGGGAGGACGACUCGGACGAGGAGCCGGUACCCGAGGCGGCAGAUGACCCUGCGCUCCGCAUUCCCUAUGAGAUCGACGAGACGCAUGGUGAUCCCGACGACGAGGAGAUGAGGGCACACACUGCACGACGGGCGGCGGACCGGGCAGACAGGGAGAUGCUGGGGGGAGAGGAGGAGUUUUGGGGCCCAUUAGGGGAGGUCGCUUCCACGGACGGCACAGAGGCGCGGGCGACGACCCCCACUCCGACGAGGCGGGAGUCGUCCAUGUCGCCACCUUUUGCUCCGAGUCCUGCACCACCAUCGCCCGUCUCGCCAGCUGGCCACAGCAACGACGGACACGGAGGAGAGGAGGGGGCACCGUCGGCAGCAGCAGUGGAGGGGGGGAUGGCACCAGCGGCGGUGGCGGACGCGACGGUCGCAGCCGCGGUGGACGAGAUAGCAGCAGCAGCAGCGGUGCUGGAGGAGAUGGCAGCAUCACUGCUGGAGGAGGAGGCACCAGCAGCAGGAGGAGCAGCAGCAGUGGAGGGGCAGGCGGCAGCAGCAGGAGGAGCAGCUAGAGGAGCGGCAGCAGUGGAGGUGGAGGGGGCAGCAGCAGUGGAGGAGGAGGAGGCACCGUCAGCAGCUGCAGUGGAGGGAGGGGUGGCAGGACCAGUGAAGGAGGAGAUAGCCGCACAAGCGGAGGUGCCGCUUGGGGGCGAUGACAAGCGCCUCAUGCAGUAGUUCCUCACGAAGCAGCUCGAUCCGGUCAUAGCAGGUAUGACCCCGAG